AUGCGUAGAAGGCGGCAAAUUCUUGCAGCAGCAGUUCUCCCACUUCUCAUCGUAGCUCUUUUCUUCAUCGUCUAUGUCUUCUUCAACAUCCGAGUAAGAUCUUUCCUUCUAUCAUCUUCUGCAUCAUUGAACGACUCCAUUGAAAGAAAUCUGAUCCAAACAAAAUUGCGCCUCUUGAUUGGCAUUUUCACACGCCCAGAUAGUUAUGAUCGUCGUCACUUCCUCCGCCUCAUCUAUGGCAUCCAGUCAUCCCCCCUAGCCGACAUAGAUGUCAAAUUCAUAUUAUGCAAUCUCACGAAGCAUGAACAGAAAGUGUUUGUUGGUCUAGAGAUCCUUCGUUUCAACGACAUCAUAAUCCUAAACUGCAGUGAGAACAUGAACAAUGGCAAGACCUACACUUACUUCUCUUCGCUACCACGUCUUUUGCAGCAACAGAGUAGUCAUUAUUAUGACUACGUGAUGAAAGCUGACGAUGAUGUUUACCUGAGGCUAAAGCCAUUGGCAAUGUCGUUGGACUCACUGCCGAGACAUGAUCUGUACUAUGGUUUCGUCAUCCCUUGCAGCAGCAUGAACCCGUUUGUGGAGUACAUGUCAGGAAUGGGAUACUUGCUGUCGUGGGACCUCGUUGAAUGGAUUGCCAGCUCCAGGAUUCCCGCCAAUGAUACUGUUGGACCGGAAGAUAAGUUAGUAGGGAAAUGGUUGAAUAUUGGAGGGAAAGCCAAGAACCGGGUUUCGAAUAAGACAGCAAUGUACGACUAUCCAGGCACCAACGGAAGGUGUUCCCACGAGCUUAUACCGGAGACCAUUGCAGUUCACCGGCUCAAGAGCUGGGAUCAAUGGUUUCAUGUUCUCGAGUUCUUCAAUGUAACAGCAGAGCUCGAGUUGUCCAACCUGUAUCAUUUGGAGUGA